AAGCUGUUUAGUCUCAAGACUCGAGUCUUCCAGUGCAGUAGUUAGUCUCAAGACUUGAGUCUUCCAUUACAGUAGUUGGCCCAGCAUGCUGGAGCUGUGCGCAGGCGUGGUAAUCGGCGUGGUACUUGGCAUUAUUCUCAGCCAGGACGGAUGCGUGGCCCGCGUGGCCCGCAUUGGCCUGGGGGCCAGCCGCACGGGCCGCCUGCUGCGCAUGGGGUACUUCUCCUGGGAGGCGUUCGACUUAAAGACGCUGAAGUCAGCCCUGAGGCUUUUGGUGGAGUACCGCAUGGACAAGGCUUACGAGACCCCAGAGGCCAAACGCCAGCUCGGGGAGAAGGUGAAGCAGACGCUCUUGGAUGCUGGAGGAAUCUUUCCCAAGGUAGCGCAAAAUCUGGCGGAGCGCCCAGAGAUCUUCCCUGAUGCAGAAGUGCGGGAGAAGCUCAAAGAGUGUCAAGCAAAGUGCCCCCACAUGCCCCUGGCUGAGUUGAGGCAGGCCUAUAAGAAGCUACAUCCCGACUCCGACCGGGCUUGUUUGCACAAAGUGGACCCUGUGCCGCUAGGCUCAGCUUCCAUUGGUCAGGUCCAUCGGCUGUCCGACCGGUCAAAAGUCCUGAAGAUUGUGAACCCACUCCAGCGGGCAAAGGUGACAGGACAAGAGGCCUUGGUGACGGCGCUGGCGGAUUUUCUGGAGGGGGAAGUCUCAGGCGGUCCAGCUAGAAGCGUCGCCCUUGUCUUGAGAGAAGCGUUCAAGGAGGUGCUGAAAGAAUUUGACUUGACACAAGAGGCCGACAACAUGAAGAGAGUUGGGUUUGCAAACUGCACACUGCAUGGAAUCCAGAUCUCAGUGCCGGAGGUGUGUCAGUCAAUCCCUUCCACCUUCACAUUGCGCAUGGAAAACAUCUUCCACACGCCAGGCUUGGAAGCAGCUCAGACCGUGAAACUGGACGAGGUGCUACAAAGCCGUUUCGUGCAUCACGCCUUGAAGACUCAGAUUCUCAAGGCCUUGAUCCAGCACUUCGGCCAGCAGCUCGUCGUGGAGAAGGCGGCUCACUGCGACCCGCACCCUGGCAACAUCUACGUGCAGCUUGUCCACGGGGAGCAAGGCGUUCGAGUGGGUCGCAUGUGGCUGCUGGACUGGGGUAGCCUCCUGCUGCUGAGUGACGAGCAGCACGCAGCUUUUGCGCAGCUUUUGGCCGUCGCAAGCUGCAAGCGCUGCAAGUCUCCCAAGUCUUGCAAGUCUCCCAGAUCUCCGCGAUCUUCCCCCCCGGCCAGAUCUCCUUCGGCGCUUCCUGCCGUGGAGCGCUUUGAGGCGGCCUUUGGCAUCCGCUUCGAAGACGCUCUAAGCUUCGAGGAGAGGCUCGGAUUUUUGCUAUCCUUUGUCUCAGCCCACCACCUCCAGUACGCCAGCAAGGCGGAGGCGCUGGCAGUUCCCAAAAUGUCGAGCGCUGCAGUGCAGAUCUUGAGGAUAAUGAAUGCCUUGGGAAGCUACCUGGCCAUGGUCCAAGACAACGGGAUGGACACAAACACCCGGACUGAAAUGGUGUGGUGGGAUGAGUUGCAAAGGUCGACGCAGGAGCAUUCGAUGGAGUCUGCAGAAGAGGAGACUGCAGAAGAGGAGACUGCAGAAGAGGAGUUUGCAGAAGAGGAGUCUUCAGCAACAGAUGCCUCAGCACACUCAGCACAUUCAGCAGACUCAGCACACUCAGCGCACGCACCAGUGAGCACUGUCACACCAGCAGCAUGCAUGAACGAGUCCGUCCAAGUGGCUGCCUAUCUUCCGAGCUUUCCGAUCCAGGAGUUUGCUGACCCUCACAACAUUGCAAGACAAGUCUGGAAUGCUGUGAACAUCAGCUUGUCGUUGAAAUCAACGAGUUUGGAUCACUUCAUCUUCGUGGCAGACUGCCACUCAGAGGCUAGCCUUCAAGAUCUCCAUGGCUUGGACUUGUACUACGACGUGAACGACGUAGAUGUCCAGAUCAAGUUCGUGCUUGGCGAUGCACCAAUGCUGCCUGCACAUUCGGAGGCACUAUCCACCUGGAGAGCCGCAUCGAAUGCACCUGUCCAAAAUUCGAGCAACGAAGCCUUUGAGGUGCCAGAAUUUCCGCCAUGGUGGCCAAAGUGAUUCUUUCAGGCGAUUCGCGUGCUUGGAUGUGCUUUGCAGCAUUUCCGUGUGCUGGUGAAACCUGCGCCAUAAGCCGGAUGGGGCGCUUUAGAAGACAUGCUUGGGAUUUUACUUUGUUGACCUCAGCAAGACUUUGGCAAGACUGGGGGUAUCCACUUCACAGCCCUCAGAGACAGAAAAAGGCCUGCUGAUUGCAACUUCUUUGCUUUCGCGCAGC